AUGGCAUCCAAACGGAAAACCUAUAUGCCAAAUAAGCCCACGGAGACUCCGUACUUCCUCAAGUUGCCGGCUGAGCUUCGAUUGAAGAUAUAUGGAUACGCUCUCACCGUUCCCAACGACUACGUCAACAAGCCACUGAUUGUGGUCAAUGAUCGGGGUAACGUCUUUACAGUCCGUGGGAGAUACCGAGCCCUCUCCAUGUGUCCCAGCUGGGUUGGCGAAGAUGGCACGACCCGCAAACUCCUCGCGGUCAAUCGCCAGAUCCACGACGAGGCCGAGGUCUAUCUAUACUCCCAACAUACCUUAUUCUUUCGGAACUCAUUUAACCUCGACCGGCUUGGGGACUUUCUAGAUACCCUCAGCAUAACCGCGCGCCACUGUAUCUGCAGCGUGGGCUUCGAGGUCUUCUUCUUCGUCCAUGCCCAGAAUGGCGUUCCCAAACGGAGUCUGAAGCAGUACGCGAGGGCUAGUACGCUCCUGGCCCAAAAACUACCACAUUGGCGCAGCACACUCUUCUACCUGGACCCACGCUUCUACUACCCUACCACGGCUGUUGGCGGUCGAGAGCGAGCAGCUUACGGCGUGGCCGAGCUUGCGACUCACUAUGGGGCGUUGUGCAAAGAACUCACGUUCUACCCCCUGCCAGCCAGCGACUAUCAUCUACUGGACCAAGCCCGUCAAACUGUCUGGCGGAGUAGCUCACCGGGUCGGCGCGCUGCGGCUGAAGGUGGAAGAUUCGCCAAAUAUUCUGCACUGGAUUCGAACAAGCAUCAUCCUGCAGCUGAUUCUGCAAAAAUGCUGCUUCUCUCCAGUGCGGACCAGCCGACAGCGUCCUGGAGUUGGUGA